AUGACACAGCCUUCUUCUAAGAAAGUUGCUCCAGCUCCAUUUGCUUCAAAAUCAAAAACUUCCACUAUUCAAAAGAAUCCAUUGAUAAGUUCUUCUCCAAAAAAUUUUGGUAUUGGUCAAUCAAUUCAACCAAAGAGGAAUUUAUCAAGAUUUGUAAAAUGGCCAGAAUAUGUUAGAUUACAAAGACAAAAGAAAAUUUUGAGUUUAAGAUUGAAAGUUCCUCCUUCAAUUGCUCAAUUCAACAAUAUUUUGGAUAAAAACACUGCUGCUCAAACUUUUAAAUUAUUUAAUAAAUAUAGACCAGAAACUUCUUCUGAGAAAAAAGAAAGAUUAAUUAAAGAAGCAGCAGCUAUUGCUAAUGGCAAAACAGCAAAAGAUGUAAGUGAAAAACCUUUGGUUGUCAAAUAUGGUUUAAACCAUGUUGUUUCAUUAAUUGAAAACAAAAAGGCUAAAUUAGUUUUAAUAGCUAAUGACGUUGAUCCAAUUGAAUUGGUUAUUUUCUUACCUGCUUUAUGUAAAAAAAUGGGUAUACCAUAUGCUGUUGUUAAAGGUAAAGCUAGAUUAGGUACUUUGGUUCAUCAAAAAACUUCAGCUGUUGCUGCUUUAACUGAAGUUUCAUCAGCUGAUGAAGCUGAAUUAUCUAAAUUAAUUUCAACCAUAAAUGCAAAUUAUUUAGAAAAAUAUGAAGAAAAUAAAAAACAUUGGGGUGGUGGUAUAAUGGGUUCAAAAGCUAAUAAUAAAAUAGCUAAAAAGGAAAAAGCCAUUGCUAAUGCUGCAAAGGCGUAG